AUGAGGAGCGACGGCGACGUCAAGUCCUUCUUCCGGCAGCAGAAGGCCCGCUCCGGCGCGGCGGCGGCCGCUAAGCCCACCGGCGGCGUCUCCAAGAAGGCGGCGCUCCCCCACCAGAAGCAGGCGGCGGCGCUUCUCUUCCACCCUACACCUGAUCACGUCGACGGAGCGGACGCGAGGAGGGAGGACGAGGACAGGGAGAGGAAGGCCCGGGAGUUCGACAUGGACAUGCGCUACGGGCCCUGCCUCGGCCUCACCCGCGCCCAGCGCUGGCACCGCGCCGUCGCGCUCGGCCUCGCCCCGCCGCCGCACGCGCUCUGCUCCGACGAACAGCCGUGCCUCUGGGAGGGCCGCGUCUAG